AUGAGACACAGUACUGGCCUGCUCCUGUGCUGUUCCUUCGUGCUUCUCACUGGUAAACAAGCCCUACAAGAGGCUGCGAAUGGAAAGUCACAGACCACCGGGUGUCUGAGAGGAUCCUUGGGACCUCAUGCACAGCUGCGGAAACUGGAUGGAGAGAUCUGGGCAAGCAUGGACUCUUUAGCCGGCUUGGUUCUCGGUGGGGUCAUCCUGCUGCUUUCUGGAGCAGUGGAAGGUGCCAUGGACCUGAUCUUGAUCAAUUCUCUACCUCUUGUGUCUGAUGCGGAAACAUCCCUCACCUGCAUUGCCUCAGGGUGGCACCCGAAUGAGCCUAUCACGAUAGGAAGGGACUUUGAAGCCCUAAUGAACCAACACCAAGAUCCACUGGAAGUUACUCAAGACACGACCAGAGAAUGGGCUAAAAAAGUUGUCUGGAAGAGAGAAAAGGCUAGUAAAAUCAAUGGUGCUUAUUUCUGUGAAGGGCGAGUUCGAGGAGAGGCGAUAAGGAUACGGACCAUGAAGAUGCGCCAACAAGCUUCCUUCCUACCAGCCACUUUAACUAUGACUGUGGACAGGGGAGAUAAUGUGAACAUAUCUUUCAAAAAGGUAUUGAUUAAAGAAGAAGAUGCGGUAAUUUACAAAAAUGGUUCCUUUAUCCAUUCUGUGCCCCGGCACGAAGUCCCGGAUAUUUUAGAAGUUCACCUGCCACACGCUCAACCCCAAGAUUCUGGAGUGUACUCGGCCAGGUACAUAGGAGGAAAUCUCUUCACCUCGGCCUUCACCAGGCUGAUAGUCCGCAGAUGUGAAGCUCACCUGUGGGGACCUGAAUGCAACCGUCCUUGCAUUGACUGUUUCAACAAUGGAGUCUGCCAUGAAGACACUGGAGAGUGCAUUUGCCCUCCUGGAUUUAUGGGGAAAACAUGUGAGAGGGCCUGUGAACCGCACACAUUUGGCAGAACCUGUAAAGAACGAUGUAGUGGCGAAGAGGGAUGCAAGUCCUACGUGUUCUGCCUCCCAGACCCUUACGGAUGCUCUUGUGCCACAGGCUGGAAGGGUCUGCAGUGCAAUGAAGCAUGCCAACCGGGUUCUUACGGGCCAGACUGUAAGCUUUGGUGCAGGUGCUCCAAUGGGGAACGUUGCGACCGGUUCCAAGGAUGCCUCUGCUCUCCAGGAUGGCAAGGACCACAGUGUGAGAAAGAAGGCGUGACUCCAAAGAUUGAGGAUUUGCCAGAUUAUAUAGAAGUCAACAGUGGUAAAUUUAACCCCGUCUGCAAAGCCUCUGGCUGGCCACUACCUGCCAAUGAAGAGAUGACACUGGUAAAGCCAGAUGGCACCGUGCUCCAUCCCAAAGACUUUAACCACACGGAUCAUCUCUCAGUGGCCACAUUCACCAUCCACCGGAUCCUGCCCCCUGACUCAGGAGUUUGGGUCUGCAGCGUGAAUACCGUGGCCGGCAUGGUGGAAAAGCCAUUUAACAUUUCGGUUAAAGUUCUUCCCAAGCCCUUGAAUGCUCCAAAUGUGAUCGACACUGGACAUAACUUUGCUGUCAUCAACAUCAGCUCCGAACCUUACUUUGGGGAUGGACCGAUCAAGUCCAAGAAGCUUCUGUACAAACCUGUUAAUCAUUAUGAAGCUUGGCGGCAUAUUCCAGUGACAAGUGAGAUCGUGACCCUCCACGCUCUGGAACCUCGGACAGAGUAUGAGCUCUGCGUGCAGCUGAUCCGCAGAGGAGAGGGAGGGGAAGGGCAUCCUGGCCCCGUGAGACGGUUCACAACAGCAUCCAUCGGCCUCCCUCCUCCAAGAGGUCUCAGUCUCCUACCCAAGAGUCAGACCACUCUAAAUCUGACCUGGCAACCAAUAUUCCCAAGCUCAGAAGAUGAUUUCUAUGUUGAAGUGGAGAGGAGGUCCAUGCAGAUGAAAAGUGACCAGCAAAAUAUCAAAGUGCCAGGCAACUUAACCUCGGUACUCCUUAACAAUUUACACCCCAGGGAGCAGUACGUGGUCCGCGCCCGCGUCAACACGAAGGCCCAGGGGGAAUGGAGUGAGGAUCUCAUCGCCUGGACCCUCAGUGACAUUCUCCCUCCUCAACCUGAAAACAUCAAGAUUUCCAAUAUCACGGACUCUUCGGCUGUCAUCUCUUGGACAAUCCUCGAUGGCUAUUCCAUAUCUUCUAUUAUCAUCCGUUACAAGGUUCAAGGCAAGAAUGAAGACCAGCACAUUGAUGUGAAGAUCAAGAAUGCCACCAUCACCCAGUACCAGCUCAAGGGCCUAGAACCUGAAACCACUUACCAGGUGGACAUUUUUGCAGAGAACAACAUAGGGUCAAGCAACCCAACCUUUUCUCAUGAGCUGAUGACCCGCUCAGAAUCUCAAGCUGGAGAGAAUCUGGGAGGUGGGAAGAUGCUGCUGAUAGCCAUCCUCGGCUCCGCUGGAAUGACCUGCCUGACAGUGCUGUUGGCCUUUCUGAUCAUGCUGCAACUGAAGAGGGCAAAUGUCCAAAGGAGGAUGGCUCAAGCCUUCCAGAACGUGAGAGAAGAACCAGCUGUGCAGUUCAACUCAGGGACUCUGGCCCUGAACAGGAAGGCCAAGAACAACCCAGAUCCUACAAUUUAUCCAGUCCUUGACUGGAAUGACAUUAAAUUUCAAGAUGUGAUUGGGGAGGGCAACUUCGGCCAGGUCCUGAAGGCACGCAUCAAGAAGGACGGCCUGAGAAUGGACGCUGCCAUCAAGAGGAUGAAAGAAUAUGCCUCCAAAGAUGAUCACAGGGACUUUGCGGGGGAACUUGAAGUUCUUUGUAAACUUGGACACCAUCCAAACAUCAUCAAUCUUUUGGGAGCAUGUGAACAUCGAGGUUACUUGUACCUGGCCAUCGAAUAUGCCCCGCAUGGGAACCUACUGGACUUUCUGCGCAAGAGCCGCGUGCUGGAGACCGAUCCAGCCUUUGCCAUCGCCAACAGCACUGCCUCCACGCUGUCCUCACAGCAGCUGAUUCAUUUUGCCGCCGAUGUGGCCCGGGGCAUGGACUACUUGAGCCAAAAGCAGUUUAUCCACAGGGAUCUGGCUGCCAGGAACAUUUUAGUUGGUGAAAACUAUGUGGCCAAAAUAGCAGAUUUUGGGUUGUCCCGAGGUCAAGAAGUAUAUGUGAAAAAGACAAUGGGAAGGCUCCCAGUGCGCUGGAUGGCCAUUGAAUCACUGAACUACAGCGUGUACACAACCAACAGUGAUGUAUGGUCCUACGGUGUGCUGCUGUGGGAGAUUGUUAGCUUAGGUGGCACCCCUUACUGCGGGAUGACGUGUGCAGAGCUCUAUGAGAAGUUGCCCCAGGGCUACAGGCUGGAGAAACCCCUAAACUGUGAUGACGAGGUUUAUGACCUGAUGAGACAGUGCUGGCGGGAGAAGCCUUAUGAGAGGCCAUCAUUUGCUCAGAUAUUGGUGUCGUUAAACAGAAUGCUGGAAGAACGAAAGACCUAUGUGAACACCACGCUUUAUGAGAAGUUCGCCUAUGCGGGAAUCGACUGCUCUGCCGAGGAAGCGGCCUAA